AGGUUUCUUCAUUCACCCUGGGACUUCAUGUAACAGCUAAAGUGUAAGGUUGGACAGCACGUCACGCUACCAAGAUGCCCGCCAAAAGGCGGAGCAUGCUCUGCUGCCUGGGUGGCGCAGAUGAAACGCCAGAGAUCGUGGUGGACAACAACAUGAUCCUACAGACUAUCAAGGAGGAGGAUCCCAUGCCACCCCUAGACGAACUCAAUGCAAAGUUUGAAGAACUUGUGGAAGAGUUAGAUCUCGUAGCCCAGCACAAGGAACGCAUGUUCAGCCUGUCACCCGAAAAGAAAUGGCAAAUCUAUUGUAGCAAGAAAAGGGUAAGCUUGAAGUACAUGUACCUUGUCUCUUCAAAGUAAGGAUGAUAUUAGAGUCUUAUAAAUCAGCAGGAGAAUGUAGUACAAAUCUAGGGGACUGAUCAUAGGUUGAUUUUCGCAAGUGAUCACAUUGGCCACGUUUUGCAAUCAUGUCAAUAAUUUAUAUGAUCUAUUGCUUGUAUAAAUGUUACAGGGCCUAGGAGAGCAUGGCUGAUGCUCUUGUAAAAAUUGUAUACCGUAUGUUGGAAGCAAGAGUAUUUUGUCUGGUGAAAAAAAAUGGGUUUGUUUUUAUAAUGACUCACAGAAAUACCUUGACAGUACAUGCACAGGGAAGGAAAUCCAAAAUGGGUAAUUUGGUUGUGUUGAUAAUGCCAUUCUACAAUUACAGCCUGGAGCAGGCCAAAAUCAGGUUACAAGCGUUUAUUCCGUUGAUCAUGCAGUGUGGUGCUAUGCAUGAGCUUGUAUCGAAUUUUACAACACAAAGUAGCCCAUUCUCUCUUUAUUUGUAAGCCCCGGAGUAGCCAUAUGAAGGGUAAAGCUUGCGAUUCAAGUUCUGCGGAAACGUUUGGCAAAAUCGUCUGAAAGUGCACCGCCAUUGUGAUGAUUGUAUCGGAGAGGUAAUCCAAUAUGGGGGCAAAUCCCGUAGCCGGAGGGGGACGAUGAAACUACACUUCCCAGCAUGCCGCAUUUUAUCCCACAAUCCAAUCAGUCAAUCAUUUCCACUUCAGAAGCCCCUGAAGACAUCUCGGGAGUCCAUUGCAGAACCAAUAAAAAGGGGUUUACUAGAGACAAGGUGAAAACGUCCCAUGUUCCAUCUUCCAAUAUUGCAGUCAAGGAGAUGAUGAACAUCUUGGCUUUGAAUGGUUCAAAGUUUGAUUCCAGUUUUAUUACAGAGAAGCAGUAUUGAGAAACUUACGUUUUGUUCUGAUAGUGUUGCAUUUGUCUGUGUUUGAUCGUCAUACCUUGAAGAUAGAGACAUUCCAAUAUCUACCUUCAAUUGGACUAUACUACUCAACCAAGUCCAUUUCCAGACAAUGAUAGUUCUGAUAUUGCAAAGGUUACAAUUUAUUUCCCAUUUGAGUUAGAAAUCCAUUAUUGCUUAUUGAAGCAGCUGUCCUUGCUUUUUACUGAUGCAGCAAAAUUUAAGGUCAUUUAUAAAAAAAAAAUCAAAACUGAUGAUUGUAUUUUAAAUUGCUGUUUGAUGAUCAUAUAUUACAUGAAAAAAACAUUAAUCUUUUGCCCUCUAAAUCAUUUUUAUUUCUGACAUCUUCAUGAAUCAAUUGUUCUUUAUUUCGUUAUAUUUUUCUCAUCGGCAAUAGUAAAAAGCAUGCAUAUUAUGGAACCUGUUUUACCCCCCCCCUUCCCCCCCCCAAAAAAAAAAGAUAGGCCUAUAUGUUACAUGAAUACAGGAGGGUCUAAAGAUAAUUUGCCUAUUAUGAUGAUUUUAAUUUCUUAAUUGUUCAUUCAUGAACUACUUACUAUUCUGAUUUUAACUUAUGAAAAUGACCAUACUCGUACUACAGUUAUGAUACUCGGUAUGUCUUCCCACUAUAGUAUAAUUUCCAACAGUUGGCAAAGAAAAACCCAUUUACUCUAGAAUUCUACUAUUUCACACAAGUAAGAGAGAAGUGGAUUACAAUACAACUCCACUUUUGAUUACCAUAAAUCAUGCUUUAUUAUAGAAACCACAAAACCAGACCAUAUUAUGACUCAUUGUUGAUUGCCUAUUAAAUUUCACUUUUCCAUCACCGCCAUUUCUCUGUAUUCAUAUUUUUGGACUACCUUUGAAUACCCUCACAAUGCUCCUCUGUAAUGACUUGUUAAACUUCACUUUUCCAUUUGUAGUCUCUUUCGCUCUCCAAUGUUUUGGCAACAAGGUUCUCCUUCAUAUAUUCAUCCCUUGAAAUGAUAAGGGGCCAAUAAUUGGAUGAUGAAGGGCAAAACCAACUUACAGUUCAAAAACACAUUACCGUGAUGAUAAUAAUCAUAUUGCAUUUCUUUAUUUUGGUCAAUUAUGUAUUGAUUCCUUAUUCACUACCUGUACCCAUAAGCAUCUGAGUCACACCAUUCAUAAUGCUUUCUUCUUGCUAAUGCUAACAUAUCGAAUAAUAUAAUCUAUCCAUGAUUCACCCUCAGAUGAUAUCUUCACGUGAUCCCCACUGUAAUAAUUUCCAGUCUCCAAGAUGAAAAUAAAAUAAAAUCAUAUUUUUAUGAUCUGCCCUAGUAAUGAUAUCCACCUUUAAAUAGAAGGAUUUAAGCUUGGCAGAACCAAUCAAUGAGUCAUCGUGGGUAUGACCGUGCUUCCCCGCGACCAUCCCUCCACGUGUGUAUGAGUUAGCAUUGGUCCACAUACUAAGAGAAUCUCAUUAUAACGAUGUGUCGACUCAUUUGUACUGUUCACGCAUAAAGUGCGGUGACGUGUUUGUAUGACUACUGCUUGGGGAUUAGCACCUACAAAAAGCUGUAAAUUGAAAUGAUGACAACGGGGCCUAACAUGCAUUAGACUCCCUGUUUUUAAGAACAGCUACACUGUACAUGGUCACUGCUGCUGUUCCUCUCAUUUUGAUUGAAUUAUUAAUGUAAUUUUGCAUUCCUGCAUGUUUAUUUCUUAGAGAAAAUGAAUAUUAGAUUAAUGAACCAAAUAAGAUAUUAGAAGUCUAGAAUUGCACAUGGGUCUGGAGUAUAAAUGAUGUACAGUGUACUAUCAUAUGGUCUUUUAUUUCACUGAAUGUAGGAAGUUAUUAUUAUGAUAAUAAUUUUAUAUACCGCAAAUUGCCUCUAAGAGGUUAAGAGAAAGGAAAUAUGAAGUGAAAAAGAAAUAUAUAUACUUUGCGCUACAAAAUGUAUCAAAAACUAAUAUUACAAAUAACGACUAGUCCUCACCAGAUCAUGAAUAAGGAAAUUAAUGUCAUUCAUUAGACAUUUGUCUGCUAGGUGUGAUAAAUGAAGAAACCUAAAGU